GGUGGGUAGGUGGGUUCAGACCGAAGGGACUACGGGUCGGCGUUGGGCUCAGUGGACUCGAACAAAGGACUCUCGGGCAGGGACUCGGCACGGCGUUUUCUGACGGGUAGCUGAGCGGCCGAUCGCGGCUUCUCCGCCAACCAGUGCUGUCGCCGCGUGGUCCCAGUCGGUUUCUCCUUGGUUCCCCACGGCCAGCGCCGCGGUGGGGGGCCCGGCGCAGCGGCACCUGCUGCUGAGGGAACCCCGUGGCCCGCCCAGGUGCUCAUGAUGGGGCUGAUCUUCGCUAAACUGUGGAGCCUCUUCUGUAACCAAGAACACAAAGUAAUUAUAGUGGGACUGGAUAACGCAGGGAAAACCACCAUUCUUUAUCAAUUCUUAAUGAAUGAAGUGGUUCAUACAUCUCCAACCAUAGGAAGCAAUGUUGAAGAAAUAGUUGUGAAGAACACUCAUUUUCUUAUGUGGGAUAUUGGUGGUCAAGAGUCACUGCGAUCAUCCUGGAACACGUAUUACUCAAACACAGAGUUCAUCAUUCUUGUGGUUGACAGCAUUGACAGGGAACGACUAGCUAUUACGAAAGAAGAAUUAUACAGAAUGUUGGCUCACGAGGAUUUACGGAAAGCUGCAGUCCUUAUCUUCGCCAAUAAACAGGAUAUGAAAGGGUGUAUGACAGCAGCUGAAAUCUCUAAAUACCUCACCCUCAGUUCAAUUAAGGAUCAUCCAUGGCACAUUCAGUCCUGCUGUGCUUUAACAGGAGAAGGGUUAUGCCAAGGUCUAGAGUGGAUGACCUCCCGGAUUGGUGUGAGAUAACUUUUUGCUCGAAAGAGACUCUCUAUUUAUUCUGUGACAUGAACAUUUUUCCUAGUACCUUUGGCUGCUAAGGCAGCAGCAUGUUUAAUUUAUAACAACACAAACCUCUAUGAGCAACACUUGAAUCAAGUGCAGCUGAACUGGAACAUAAAAGAUUUUUUCUUAACUUUUUUUUUAAUGCACUAAUCUUCAGUUGGAUGAACAUAAUGUAUAACUAUUUUCAGCAACAGAAUUCUUCUGACUGCUUAUUCUAAUUAUUCAACGACUGCCUUGUUAGAAAUGUUUAUCAUAUGUUUAAUGUUUUCUGAAGUAUUGUAAUAACUUUAAUGACCAGUUUCUUUCAUUUCUUGACUGCCCCCUCCCCCCACCAGAUAAUUACUGGCUUGACAGACUAGUAGUGGAAAUUAUCAGGUAUUGUUUGCAAACUUACCCAGCACUAAAUAUUUGCUCCCUCUGUAAACUACUUAUCAUUUGGACAGAACUUAUUGUAUAUGAGACAGAAAUAUGCCUAGAAGAUAUAUAUAUAAGGGGGAGGAUGAAACAUCAUGAGAACUGCCUUUAAAUGAGUUAAUGUCCCCCACAUUAUUGCAAGUCAUGGAAUAAUUUUAAGUUUCUAUUAGCAUGGAAAUUAAGUAGGCUAUUUAUCUAAAAGAAUUAAGUUCACUUUUCUGCCUGCAGCACAGGAUUAGUUUUGAUUAAAAACUAAUCAAAAUAAAAUACUUAUUUCAAAGCCCAACUUUGAUAGUAAAUAUUUUGAAUAAAUCUGGUAUUUUUAAGAAUGUCACAUUAUUCAAUGCAUAUAUAACAAUCGGAAGUUACUAAAGCAUACCAGCACUAAAAUUAAAACAAGACACUUGGAAUAUAUUUUACUAUCAAUUACAAACAACUUUAUUAUCAGCAAAAAUUUCAACUAUUCCAUUUGCAAGGGGCACCACAUCUGCUUUGGGCAAUAGCUAAAGCAGGAAUACAAGCAGUUCAUUUUAUUUCUUAGAAUUUGAAAUUGUAUCUAUUACAGCAUUUCUACCACCAGCAGUAUAUUACUUAAAAAACCAUAUGGCUUUCCUUGAAUUUGUUUGAGGUUGUAGUGUAAUACGCUUGAAACAACUGACAUUUGUAUAAUUAUGCCUGAUGUUCUAAAAUCUUUUGCUGGAUAAUAGGAAACUGCUGAAUUUAAUCAUGGCUUUUAGAAUCUUACUGUGAGACUCAAGUUUAAUACACUAACAACUUAAAAAUUUUUUAAACAGUUAAAAACUCAUAAUCUAGCAAAAGUAUACUUAUUGGAUAGCAUUAAAACAUUUUCAAGGCAGUCGUCUAAUAUGAACAAUAAUCUAAAUAGUGCAUACCUUAAGAGGGAGGACAGGUAUUGUAAUUUUGAUCCUCUUUAUUUCAAAUGUGUGAUUUUGCUAUUAUGAAAGGGAUAAAACACAUACAUAGAGAAUACUACUUUAUUUUUACAGUAUUUUUCUUUCAUCUGGGUCAAAAAUAGGAUUCAGUGUUCAUAAGAACAUCAGUACCUGUUCAAAAGUAAUACUUUAAUUUUAAUAUUUUUUAUCAUAAGUUGGUUUAAAUUUUGCUGUUUUCAGUUAUACUUGAUUUAUUAUAUUUAGUCUAAUUAAUUUAGUUGAAUGUGGUAGCAUUUUUCUGAUUUCUGUUUAGUGGUAGCACACCCUGGAACUGGAAGUGACCAGAGGAAAGCUUUCUGGGCUUUGGGAAGCAGUUGUUCAUUAACCUUGUUCUGAACCUUUUUCUUAGUGAUUCUAUACCAGGUAGAGGAUAAAUUUUGUUUUUAAUAUAAUGCAUAAUCAAGAACAUGAGAGAAAAGCAGACAUGAAUCAAUAUGGAUGCUUUGUGGUGUGUAUGUGGUGGUGGGGCAGGAGAAAUUAUGAUAGCACACUUUGCCAGAAUUUCUAUCUUGGUUGUAUAGUUUAGCCAUGAAUACUGAGGAUAAUUCUCUGAAUUCUGUCCUGAGAAAAAUCAUAUUUAAUAUUCCUGUAUUUGUUGUUAUGAAAUCUUUCUUGUAUCUAAUAAGAUUGGCUGGCUCCAUUUUCUUC